AUGUCUCGACUGGGCCUCGGAAAGCAUAUCCCUGGCAUAAGGCGGCAAGUCUGUCCCCACGAAACUAUCCUCCAUGUUAAAGAUAAAGCACUUGAUAAAUCGAAGUCCUUAACAUCCAAAUCCAAAGGCGAGGCUACGCUUGAACCCAACGCGUGCCUCACGAACCCAUUAAACAUUCCCCCCGUCCCCGACCUAAUCGAGCCGAAAUCAACGCUAAUACGCCCAUUCUCAUCGGCGGGCUCCGGGAGCUCGACCCGAUCGAGCUAUUCAUACCAUGAAGCACGGACACCGGGCUCUGGUGCGCCUGAUCUCGACGAGCUCAACGACGAGUUACGGAAGGAGGACCCCAAUUCCUCAGCCCUAUCAUGCCACAUCGAGCCCAACUCCUCGGCUCCGGAGGCGAUUUUUGUGGAUUUGAUCGGCGGCGAUGAGAACAGGCACGAAAGGCCGCCGAUAACAGGCUUCUGCGAAGGAGAAGCGGCGGCUGAAGACGCUGAACGAGCGAUGACAUCGAAUUCGUGCGACGCGUGGGAGCUGAUAUGGUGCUGCCCGGAGCCCAGACUGUUUGGAGGGCUCGCGUAA